AUGGAAGUUGAAGCAAAGAAGAGAGCAUGGCUAGAUUUACUAACAACAAAGGCUGGUAAUUCUAGUGGUACGAAUGAUUAUAUUGAAAAAAAGAAGGCAGUCUUUAGACAUCUUAAUAAGAGAGUAAAAGAAGUAGUUGAAAGAAAAAAGCAAGAAAGAACGGAUAAGAAUGAUAGAAGAAUAUCGGAUAACUUCCAGUCAAAUAUUAAAAUGUUCUGGAAACUUGUAAGAACUGCCAGGGAACAUUCAAAACAGCCUAUGAUGAAUGCUAUAAGAGACGAGAAUGGCUAUAUUCUGAAUGAUGAAGUUUUGAGUUUAAAGAGAUGGAAAGAAUAUUUCAAAAGCGUGUUUAUGAGUGAGGAGAAAACAUGUGUACUAAGUAUAGUAGAAAUUCCGAAAGAAGAGAAAAGAGGCAGCGAGAUAAGUAUAGAUGAAAUAAUGAAAGCAAUGAAAAGCAUGAAAGCAGGUAUGACUGCCGGAUAUGAUAGAGUUUCACUCGAAAUGCUAAGGGCUGUAGAGGAAGUUGUGGCAGGCCUGCUGCACACCUUGCUUAAUUUAUGCUGGGAACUGAAGCGGGUACCGGUAGACUGGUGCAAAGCCGUGAUAGUCCCAGUAUAUAAAGGAAAAGGGUCGCAGCAAGACUGUAAAAACUACCGUGGCAUCAGCCUUCUUAGCAUUGUGGGAAAACUGUAUGCUUAG